CACCGUCCCCUGUCAACGUGACUGUGACGCAGCUGAAGGCAAACUCUGCCACAGUCUCCUGGGACGUCCCAGAAGGAGAUGUGGUCAUCGGCUAUGCCAUCUUACAGCAGCGGCAGGAUGGACAGAUGCAGCGGUUCAUCCGGGAGGUGAACACCACCAACCGGGCCUGUGUGCUGUGGGACUUGGCGGAGGAUGCCGACUACAUCAUCCAGGUGCAGAGCAUUGGCCUGUACGGGGAAAGCCAGGCCAGUAAGCGCGUCCACUUCCGCACCCUGAAGGAGACCGACCGCCUCCCUUCCAACAGCUCCAACCAAGGUGACAUCACCAUGGAAGGGCUGGACAAAGACAGGCAGCUGCAGACUGGCGAGAUUAUCAUCAUCGUGGCUGUGCUGCUCAUGUGGGCAGCGGUGAUCGCCCUCUUCUGCAGACAGUAUGACAUCAUCAAGGACAACGACUCCAACAACAACAAGGAAAAGACCAAGCCGUCCUCAGAGCACAGCACGCCAGAGCGACCGAGUGGAGGGCUGCUGCGGAGCAAGCGGAUGUCAGGAGCAGAAACUUCCUGUUUGGACUUCAAGGCCCCAGUUCUCCUCCUUCAGAUUUUCCAGCCUCCUGAUUACUCCUUGCCAAAGAUCCCUCCUCUUGGAUCCCCGCUCCAAACUGACCCUGCUCACACCGGGCUGCAAAG